UCUUCGAAGGUUGGUGCGUGCGUGCGCGCGCUGGAGGGCAGAUUCAAUUGAAGGUGUGUCUUUCAGGACUUUUAAUUCUCAGACGUCAAUCAUGAGCACAAAACAGGUUGUGUUCAAGAAGUUGUCCCGGGACAAGUCGGUUGGCAUCUACAUGGGGAAGAGGGACUUUGUGGACCACUGUGACUUCGUGGAACCGGUUGAUGGCGUUGUGAUUGUGGACCCCAAGCUCCUCCAAGGAAAGAAAGCGUUCGUCGUGUUGUGCUGCACGUUCCGCUACGGCCGCGACGACGACGACAACGUCCUGGGCAUCAAGUUCUGCAGGGAGCUGCACCGGAGCAGCCAGCAGGUGUUUCCGCCGCUCCUGGACCGCGAGCGCAACGUCCACACCGGGCUGCAGGAGAAGCUGCUGCACAAGCUGGGCUGCAACGCUUACCCCUUCUUCUUCGAGUUCCCGGACAACCUGCCCUGCUCCGUGGCACUGCAACCGGCUCCUACGGACGUUGGCAAGAAAUGCGCCGUGGAGUUCGAAGUGAAGGCUUUCUGCGCCAAGGGCCAUGACGACAAGGUGCAGAAGAGGAGCUCCGUGAGCCUGGCCAUCCGCAAAGUCCAGUACGCCCCGGAGCGCGGGGGAGCGCCCCCCUCGGUUGAGCUGAGCCGCGAGUUCGGCGCCUCCGAGAAGGCGCUGCACGUGGAGGCGUGCUUGGAGAAGCAGACCUACUAUCACGGCGAGCCCAUCGGUGUCCACGUGAACAUCAGCAAUGGCUCCAGCAAGACGGUGAAGAACAUCAUCGUGAUGGUGGAGCAGGUGGCCAACGUGGUGCUCUACUCCAAUGACAGCUACGCCGAGACCGUUGCCACGGUGGAGACGCCGGACACGGUGGAGUCGGGUGCGAGCCUGCAGGCCACGUACACCAUCCUGCCUCUACUGGCUAACAACCGCAAGCAGCGCGGCAUCGCCCUGGACGGCAAGCUGAAGCACGAGGACACGAACCUGGCCUCCUCGAGCAUCGUGAAAGACGGAGUUCUGCCGGAGGUCCUCGGAAUCCUGGUAUCCUACCGGCUGCUGGUGAAGCUCGUCGUCGGGGGGGUGUUUGGGACCAGUGACAUCCACGUGGAGCUACCUUUCUGGCUGAUGCACCCAAAACCUGACUUAGGUAGAGUACCACGGAGUUUCAACCAGGAUGAGGAGCUCGUCUUCCAGGACUUCAGACGCGGGGACUUGAAAGGGGUGGCAGACAAUGCAGACGAGGGCAGCGCGUCCCCUGCAGAGCCCUGAGGAAACCGCACAGCAACAGCAGCGACGGUGGUGGUGGCCCCCCCGCCUAGUCACUUAGUAUGGCAUGAGCUGCUGCCUGGGCUCAAUGGGGGUCAGUGGGGCUCACUAUGCCCCUCCCUCCUUUUGCAGUCACUUUGUGUGUGAGGACAGGUGAGCGGGUGCAGAGAGCGCCACUUUGUCCCGCUUAGAAGAAGUUGAUAUGCAAUA